AAAGAGGGGCCUUUAGCAAGCGCGCUAGCAUAAUCCUAGUUGUGAGACAAGGAAAUUUUGGGAGAGAGGAGCGAGGGUUUUCUUCUCCGCGAGAGACGCGCGAUGGUGUGGUGUAGCUACUGUGGCAAGGACCAGAUUGCCGAGCACAACGAUGGAUUCAUAUGCUGUACUGGGUGUGGGAGAGUGCUCGAUGACAAUGUCUUCUCCUCCGAGCCGACCUUCGCGAAAUCGGCGUCUGGACAGAGCCAAUUCGUUGGGAACAUUGUCAAGCAAUCACAGUAUGGAACUUACGCUCGCAUCGUCGACGAUGGCACCGGGACCGUCUCGGGCUACCAGUCGAAUUCUCAUCAGAGAACGCUGGACAAAGGCAGGCAGGAGAUUCGAAACAUAGCGAGCUCGCUCUCAGUUGGCGGUGGCGAUGAUAUCGUUGGUUCCGCGCAUAGGAUUUAUGUCUUAGCCGUGGAGAAAAACUUUACGAAAGGAAGGAGAACAUCUCAAGUCGCCGCAGCAUGCCUCUACAUUGUUUGCAGACAGGGAAAUAAACCAUAUCUGCUGAUUGAUUUCUCGGACUGCCUACAAACCAGUGUAUAUUUGCUAGGAGCAGUUUUUCUCCAACUAUGUACCCUACUGAGAUUAGAUCAGCAUCCAAUGGUUCAAAAGCCUGUGGAUCCAAGUCUGUUUAUCCAUCGUUUCACGGACCGACUUCUACACAGAAUAGCACCAGGGACUUCCUCCAAAAAUCAAUUUGCCAUUGCAAAUACUGCACUUAGGAUAGUAGCUAGCAUGAAGCAAGAUUGGAUUCAGACGGGUAGGAGACCCAGCGGGAUCUGUGGAGCUGCUUUACUUUUAUCAACUCGAAUUCAUGGUUUGGAAUGCUCGACAGCGGAUGUGGAAAGCGUCGUUUACGUUUGCAAGGCUACGAUAACCAAGCGGCUUGUAGAGUUUAGCAACACAGAAGCUGGUAGCCUAACUCCAGAAGAAUUUGAAGCGAAGGCUAAACAACGAGAGAAAGAGAUGCUGUCCGUUUCCCAGACUGAUAUUGUAAAUAACGGGGUUAUUAAGGAAAUUCUUUGCGAGCACAAGGACUCGGGAGCUCAACACUACGCACAUGGACUCUGCAAAAACUGCUAUGACGAUUUCGUCAAGAUUUCUGGUGGAUUACAAGGAGGAUCUGCACCCCCGGCCUUUCAAAGAGCCCAGAAAGAGCGGGAGAGACUAUUGAAGAACAAAAAGAGAAAGCUGACCGCUGAGGCCAUCUCAGACGAGGACGAAGAUUUGACAUGCACAAACAGCUCUCCAGUCGCUGAAAAAGCUAUCAAGAAAAAGCUGGAACAAGAGGAACACAGUUACUUUGACGCUGACGAUGUGACCGAGAGUUGUGUCACACACGAAACGAAGGCCGAAAAGCGAUACGAAGACAGUGUGGACGACGAACCGGAGUCACUAUCUGAUAUCGACGACGUUGAGCUAACUACCUAUCUCAACACAGAAGACGAGAUCAGACUGAAAACCAUUGUCUGGACGGAGAUGAACAAAGAAUACAUCCAGGAGCAAGAAGCCAAGGAGGCAGCACUCAAGGCGCAAGCUGAGUCCAUGGCUGCCGUGUCGACGUCAGGAACUGCUGCAGAGAUUGCCGCAGCUACAGUAGUGAUGUCCAGAAAGGCUAGAAAACACAAGCAUGGUGAUACUGCAAACUGCAAGCCCGCGGAAUCAGCAGCCGAGGCAACCAGACAAAUGCUAGAGAAAAAGAGACUGAGCUCCAAGCUGAACUAUAGUGUGCUGGAGAAGAUGUUUAACGGCAAGGAGGAUUCGCCAUCAAAAUGGGUCGAAGAGCCUCCGGGAAAGACCGAGCCAGCCGACACCAAAGUCCCACCGGAAGAAGAACACGAUCAGGAAGGAAACGAAAACGAAAACGAGCACGAAAACGAGAACGAAGCCGAGCUGGAGAACGAUAUCCCGAGCUAUAGCUACAUUUACGAACAGGCCGUGGAAGAGGACUACGAAGAGUACUAGACAAACAAUGAAACAAAAUUUUGGUAGGAGCGAGCGAGCGAGCGAGGUAAGAAGAAAGAAGCAAGGUAAAAGACCAAAAGAAAGUUCUUGCUUUGCUUUCUUUCUUCCAUGUAUCUAAUCAAAACACGUCGAAUGAAUUGGAUUCAGUCUC